AUGGCUUCUAGGAAUCAUACCCAUGUGACCGAGUUUAUCCUAAUGGGGAUUUCAGGGCUUGCAGAACUGCAAAUCCCCCUUUUUCUGGUCUUCCUUGUCAUCUAUGGGCUCACAGUGAUGGGAAAUUUAGGCAUCAUCACCCUCACCAGCGUUAAUCCUCGGCUUCAGACCCCCAUGUACUUCUUUCUCCGACACCUGGCCAUCAUCAACCUUGGGGACGCUACUGUCAUUGCCCCUAAAAUGCUGAUCAACUUCUUAGUAACUAAGAAAAGCACCUCCUACUACGAAUGCGCCACCCAGUUGGGAGGCUUCCAGGUUUUCAUUGUGGCUGAGAUCUUCAUGCUGGCUGUGAUGGCCUAUGACCGCUACGUGGCCAUUUGCAACCCUCUGAUGUACAUGGUGGUGGUGUCCAGGCAGGUGUGCAUCCUGCUGGUGUCUCUCACGUACCUCUACGGCCUGUUUACCGCGGUGGUAGUUACCUCUUGCGUGUUCUCUGUGUCCUACUGUGCCUCCAACGUCAUCAACCAUUUCUACUGUGACGACAUCCCUUUGUUAGCGUUGUCCUGUUCGGAUACCUAUAUUCCAGAAACAGCCGUGUUUAUCUUCUCGGGGACGAACUUGUUUUUCUCCAUGAUUAUUGUUCUAAUAUCCUACUUUAAUAUUAUCCUUGCCAUAUUGAGGAUACGGUCAUCGGAAGGGAGGAAGAAAGCCUUCUCCACCUGCGGUUCUCACAUAAUGGCCGUCACGAUUUUCUACGGCACUCUUCUUUUCAUGUACCUGCAGCCAAGGACCAACCACUCCUUAGACACGGAUAAAAUGGCCUCUGUCUUCUACACCUUAUUGAUACCCAUGCUGAACCCUGUGAUUUACAGCCUAAGGAACAAGGAUGUGAAGUAUGCUUUGACAACAUUUCUGAAGAAUCCCUGCCAUUCAUGCAAACCAAUGUAA